AUGGCCACUCCUCCGAUUCCCCCCAACCGCCUCAAGCAGAUCGCUACUGACGCUUGCAACAGCGCGAUUGGAAGCGCUGAAUUCUAUGAUCAUGACAAGACCGAGCAAUGGAACUCAACAAUUAUUAGUUCUGUUCUGAAAGCUGUCAUCUCUGAGUCAACCCCCGAGGGCGCUUCUGCUCCCUCGUUCAAGUUCGCAUGCAAUAGCACCAUCGUGCAGCACCUCGUCCCUACGUCCGCCCUGAACAAGCCCCGUGGUGGCACCGAGAUCAAGGCUGAAGAGCCUCACAUUUCUACGAGCUCCGAAGCGACUGCCACUGACGGAAAGCCCCAUGUCGGUCGACGAGGAAUGCACAGUGCCACAGGCGCCUACUGGGACCAGAAGAAGGACGGCAUGUGGACCUUCAAGUAUGAUGGCGGUGAGGGCAAGGGUCUGGACGUAGUUGUUAUGCUCAUCUGGGUCGCCAUUUGA